GCGGGCGCCACAGAAGUCGGGGCUUCUGUCCGACGGCCCAGAGGUGGCCAGGACUCUGGGGGCCGGCCGACCAAGUGGCGCACUUGUCCUAGUGGGCGUGGACAUAUGCAAGGGAAAGACUUGGGUCCUGAGCUUAAAAUCGAGGAGCAGGGGCGUGAACGUGGCCUCGGUUCCCAGCCUCUGAUCUGCAGGCACCUGACCUAGUGGCCCCCGUAUGACAUGGCAGAAGCGCACCAGGCCGUGGGCUUCGUGCCCUCGCUGACCUCCGACGGGGCCGCGGUGGCGCUCAGGGGCCCGGUGCUGCAGGACAUCUACCUCUCGGGGCUUCGGUCCUGGAGAAGGCAUCUCUCGCGUUUAUGGAAUGACCUUCUCAGUGGCGUGCUCCCCGCCAGCCCCCUCAGCUGGCUCUUCCUCUUCAGUGCCAUCCAGCUUGCCUGCUUUCUCCAGCUGGACCCUUCCCUGGGACUGAUGGAGAAGAUCAAAGAGCUACUGCCAGACUGUGGGGGACAGCACCACAGAAUCCGGGGCCUUGUGGCGGCUGCGCUGUUUGCCUUGUGUUUGUGGGGCGCCCUGAUCUUCACUCUUCACGUGGCCUUGAGGCUGCUUCUGUCCUAUCACGGCUGGCUACUCGAGCCCCAUGGAACCAUGUCCUCGGCCACCAAGACCUGGCUGGCUCUGGUUCGCAUCUUUUCCGGCCGCCGCCCGAUGCUCUUCAGCUACCAGCGCGCCCUGCCGCGCCAGCCAGUGCCCUCGGUGCAGGACACCGUGCGCAAGUACCUGGAGUCCGUCAGACCCGUUCUCUCGGACGAGGACUUCAACUGGACCGCGGGGCUAGCUCAGGAGUUCCUGAAGCUGCAGGCGCCGCUGCUGCAGUGGUACCUGCGUCUCAAGUCCUGGUGGGCGGCCAACUACGUCAGCGACUGGUGGGAAGAAUUCGUGUACCUGCGCUCACGCAAUCCGCUGAUGGUGAACAGCAACUAUUAUCUGAUGGACUUCCUAUAUGUCACGCCCACGCCGCUGCAGGCAGCUCGCGCCGGGAAUGCCAUCCAUGCCCUGCUCCUCUACCGCCACCAGCUGAAGCGCCAGGAGAUCUCCCCAACUCUGCUGAUGGGAAUGCGCCCUUUGUGCUCUGCACAGUAUGAGAGAAUAUUCAACACCACGCGGGUCCCGGGGCUGCAGAAAGGUGAGACCCAUUCCCUGUCCCCUCAGUGGGACAUUCACCGUCAGCACUGUGGUAGCACAGGCGGGUCCUCUGGAGCCCGUCUGCUGGGGCUCAAGCCCUUCUGCUGGUUGGACAAAUCCUUCACCCUGAUCAUCUUCUCCAAUGCAAAGCUGGGCCUCAGCGUGGAGCACUCGUGGGCUGACUGCCCCAUCUCAGGACACAUGUGGGAGUUCACCCUGGCCACAGAAUGCUUCCAGCUGGGCUAUUCAGCGGACGGCCACUGUAAAGGCCACCCUGAGCCGGCGCUGCCUCAGCCCCAGCGGCUGCACUGGGACCUUCCAGACCAGAUGCGUCAAUCCAUCUCUCUUGCCCUGCGCGGAGCCAAGACCUUGUCUGGCAACAUUGACUGCCACGUCUUUCCCUUCUCCCACUUCGGCAAGAGCUUCAUCAAACACUGCUGCCUCUCCUCAGACAGCUUCAUCCAGAUGGCCCUGCAGCUGGCCUGCUUCCGGGACAGGGGUCAAUUCUGCCUGACCUACGAGUCAGCCAUGACUCGCUUGUUCCUGGAGGGCCGGACGGAGACAGUGCGGUCUUGCACAAGGGAGGCCUGCAACUUUGUGAGAGCCAUGGCGGACAAGGAGAAGACAAACCUCUGCUUAGGGGCCUGGACCCCAUGCACCUGCUCCCCUUCCCAGCCCUAUGAGAUCUUGUGGAAGGAUUUGGGGCUCCUGGACAGCCCUGGGACCCACCUGGUGCUGCCCUGGUGUGUGCCCCGGGGAAAGUGCCUCCGUUUUCUGGGCCUCUCCCCUGGGCCUGUGACCGCUGGGGUCCAGGACCCGCAGUGCCUCGCCCUGUUCCGCGCUGCAGUGGACAAGCACCAGGCUCUGCUUAAGGCGGCCCUGAGUGGCCAGGGGGUCGACCGCCACCUCUUCGCGCUCUACAUCGUGUCGCAGUUCCUGGACAUGCAGUCGCCCUUCCUGGCCCAGGUUUACUCCGAGCAGUGGCAACUGUCCACCAGCCAGAUCCCUGUUCAGCAGAUGCACCUGUUUGAUGUCCACAAUUACCCAGAUUAUGUUUCCUCGGGUGGUGGAUUUGGGCCUGCGGACGACCAUGGCUACGGUGUGUCUUACAUCUUCAUGGGGGAUGACGCGAUCACCUUCCACAUCUCCAGCAAAAAGUCAAGCACAAAAACGGACUCCCACCGGCUGGGCCAGCACAUCGAGGAGGCGCUGUUGGAUGUGGCCUCGCUGUUCCAGGCCGGGCAGCAUCUGCAGCGCCGGUUCAGAGGCUCAGGGGACGAAGACUCAGGGCACAGGCAUGGGUUUCGCUCCAGUAAGACUGUGCAGUCUAAGACACCCAGUGCCUCUGAGCCCAUCCCGUAGGGAGCUGGUCUCUCGCAGGGCAGAGGGCUCAGGGUGGAGCAGCCUGUUUGCAGCCCCCUGUCUGGGCCAAUAAAGAUGUUCAAACUGG